CCCAGACAUUUAAUAAGCAGUUUCUCCAACACAAAUAUUUUCACGCAUCAAUAUUAUUUCCAUAAACUUGUAAACAAAUGUAACAUUUUGUAAUCUAAAUUCGUUUUACAUAUUCAGCAUUAAAAAUUUUAAUUUAUACCUUAGUGGAUAACCUGCAUUCUGUUUCUUAUAUUUAAAAUAAUAGUCUGUUAUGUUGCCUACACUAUAAGCGUUGCAAAGUGUCGGUACAAUUUGAGAUACGCUUUUUGGCGGUUGUAAAUUUUUAAGGAUAAAAUUAGUAUUAGUAAAAUGGUUGAAAAUAAAAAUCAAAACGUCGAAUUGACUGAUCACGAAGCUGAGUUAUAUGAUAGACAAAUUCGCCUCUGGGGUUUAGAAUCACAAAAGCGCUUACGCGAAGCUAAAGUUUUAUUAAUAGGCCUAAAUGGUUUUGGAGCAGAAGUAGCAAAGAAUAUCAUCUUAGCUGGUGUAAAAUCAGUUACAUUUCUAGAUCAUAGAAAUGUAACAGUUGAAGAUCGCUGCUCUCAGUUUCUAGCGCCUAAAGAACUGAUGGGAAAAAAUAGGGCAGAGGCAUCUUUACAAAGAGCACAAAAUUUAAAUCCCAUAGUUAAUAUCGAAGCAGAUACAUCUAAUGUUGAUGACAAACCAGAUGCAUUUUUCAGUAAUUUUAAUGUUGUUUGUGCAACACAAUGUUCCAUUACACAAAUGAAAAGAAUUAACGAAAUAUGUAGGAAACAUAAUGUGAAAUUCUUUUCCGGUGAUGUAUGGGGAACUCUAGGAUACACUUUUGCAGAUUUAAUAGUGCAUGAAUAUGCAGAGGAUGUAGUACAAUCAAAGAAAAUUCAGCUCUCAGAAAGUGGAGAGCCUGCAGAGAAACCAAAGUUUGAAAAUAUAACUGUAACAGAAAAACAUAAAGAUACCUUCGUGCCGUUUGAAUCAAUUUUAAAUGUUGACAAAUCUUCUGUUCCCAAAGAAUCUGAAAUAUAUUAUAUGAUGUUAAUAAUGCUUCAUUACCGUGAAAAGUAUGGCAAAGAUCCUUUGCCCAGUGAAAGGGCUUCUGAGAGUUUUAAAGCUGAAGCAGAAGCGGUUAUUAAAGAAUAUGAGCUCGAGGAUAAAAUAAAUCAUCUAGUAGAGGGUGACGUGUAUGCUCAAAUUAGCCCAGUGUGCGCUAUCGUCGGCGGUGUAAUGAGCCAAGAAAUAAUUAAAACAGUUUCACAGAAAGGCGCACCACACAAUAACUUAUUCAUCUUUAAUCCAGAUACAUUAUGCGGGAAGAUUUUGAGAUUGGGUCAGUAACGACUAUUUUUCGUCGUCGGUAUGUUUCAUUGUUUCGGUGCACUGUUAUUGCCAUAAUUAUUCUUUCCACCAAUUCUUAUUCCAUGUCUUUUGCUACA